UCCCGAACACACUUCUGAACGGACUUUCACUGUGUCAACGUCGUCGUGCUGAAAAGAUUUUGCCGUAGUGGCGGGUUCGAUCCCCAAAAAAUCAUCUAUCGGAGAUUAUCGCGUCCUUGUAGGGUUGUGCAACGUAUUUUUUUCUUUUCGUUUAUUUUUCUUCUCUCCAGUGUCCUCGCUCGUAAGCGCAAUAUUUGAAUCAUGAAGCCGUUCGCGUUUGGAGUGCUCAUCGCUGCCACCCUUUGCGUGGCCCAGGUGCUCGGUGCCGAUGAAGCGCCAAAGGAUACCACCGCCGACGAAGACACGGUCAAGAUCUACAAGCGGCUCAUCCCGGCCGAUGUGCUCAGAGAUUUCCCCGGAAUGUGCUUCGCUUCUACCCGCUGUGCCACCAUCGAACCUGGCAAGUCCUGGGAUCUGGCUCCAUUCUGUGGACGUUCGACUUGCGUAGUUGCGGAAAACAACCCAUCCCAACUGUUGGAACUGGUUGAGGAUUGCGGCCCACUGCCCCUGGCCAACGACAAGUGCAAGCUGGACACCGACAAGACUAACAAGACCGCUCCAUUCCCGCACUGCUGCCCUAAGUUCACCUGUGAACCCGGCGUGAAGCUGGAGUACCCCGACAUCAAGGGCCCUGAAUCCGAACAGGAAGACAGCAAGAAGAACUAAGCUACUAUGGACCUCUGACCGACCACAACAUGAGAACAACAAAAUAGAGUAUUAAACACCCAACCUCAACAAGUGCGCGUCACGAAUUGGUUCGGUAUGCUUCCAAUUUUUGAUUUUGAACCGAUACCGGACGUAGGCUAUUGUAAAGGCUAAUCUCAACAAAUGGCGCAAAAAAGUGUAUUAUCGAACAAGGAACACACCAUAUACCUAUUAGUCAAGUAUGUGAUAUUAGAAAUAUGUAUUUAUCAGAAAAGUACUAUUUUAAAAAACACAACAAUAUUUCGUUACCAAACUGUUGUUGGCGCGCGAAGAUUGCGCAGUUUGCUGAUUUUCGCCCCGAAUAUGGACAAAUUGAAUUAUACUCAACCAGUCUUUUUCUCGAUGUUGCUAAUACUUAAUUUUGUUUUGUCACAUGAAAAAGUACAGAUUUUAUAAAUAAAGUUCUCAUUUUUCACAAAA